UAUUUAUUUAUAAGAGAUCUGCCACCCCUAUCAGAUGAGAUGAAAAGGCGGACACCAGUUUUGCCUUUGAAAACCAGAGGAACUCCAGAAUUUACUUUAGUAAUCGAUUUGGACGAAACAUUGGUCCAUUGUAGUCUCAGCUUGCUGGAAGACGCAAAUUUACAUUUUCCUAUAUAUUUUAAAAACAAUAAUUAUGAUGUAUACGUGCGACUUCGUCCUUAUUACAGGGAAUUUUUAGAACGCGUUUCCAAAAUAUAUGAAGUUAUAUUAUUUACUGCUUCCAAGAAAGUAUACGCAAACAAGUUAAUGGACAUUAUAGACCCCGGUAGAAAGCUUGUUAAACAUCGCUUAUUUCGUGAGCACUGUGUAUUCGUUCACGGUAAUUACGUGAAAGAUCUUGGAAUACUAGGAAGGGAUUUAUCGAAAACUGUGAUAGUUGAUAAUUCACCUCAAGCUUUCGGUUAUCAGCUUUCAAAUGGAAUCCCUAUCGAAAGCUGGUUUACUGAUAAAAAUGAUGCAGAGUUAUUAUUACUAAUCCCAUUUUUGGAAGAGCUUGUUAAUACAGAUGAGGAUGUCAGACCCUUAAUAAAGGAGAAAUAUCGUAUGCACGAACUUAUACCCAACUAG